AUGGCAGCAGCGUGGCUGACGAUUGGAGAGAGGACUACUCUGAUGAACACGACGGGAGCAGCUCCGUCAAUUGGAAGUCCGACACCUAUCCCGGGAAUCCCUACGAUGGGAAUUCCAUCUACUUCAGCAACUGGAUCGACUAUCAUAGAGAUAAUUUUUGAUCCAGAGUCUCAAUCGAAUCCUUAUUUUCUUCACCCUAAUGAGAGCCCAGCCCUAGUGCUCAUCUCGACGUCAUUGGACGGUUCAAAUUACCAUCCAUGGGCGAGAGCCAUGACAAUGGCGUUAUCGUGCAAGAACAAACUCAAGUUUGUAGACGGCUCUAUCCUUGAACCUCCCAGAGAUGAUCGAAAAUUCGAGGUUUGGGGACGUUGUAAUGACAUGGUGGUCACUUGGAUUGUCUGGUCAUUAUCUCUAACGAUUGGACGCAGUGUUCUUUGGAUUGACAUUGCAUAUGGGAUAUGGAGAGACCUGAAGCGUAGGUUUAGCCAACAAGACCUAUUUCGGAUCGCAGAGAUCAAAUGCGAGAUCUAUCAAACGAAGCAAGGUGAUAGUUCCUUGAAUGAGUAUUUCACCAGCAAAAGCUUUCAUGGGAUGAACUCCAAAUACUCAGACCUGUUACAAACUGGUGCAAGAAACCAGAUUAUGCUUAUGAGACCUCUACCAGAUGUCCAACUGCAUCAAACUGGUGAGAAUGGGACCUCUGGCAAUGUGUUGAUGACCAGGGUAGCAGGUGGUCCUCAACAGAACUUCAAGAAAUUCACAACAGGCAACAAGAAACCUACAUGUACCUUCUAUGGAUACACUGGACACACAGAAGACAAGUGCUAUAGGAAGCAUGGUUUCCCACCUGGAUGGAAACCGAAACCAAGAAGCCAAGGUUCUGUUAAUCAAACUCAGGGGCCACAGACAGUUCAACAAUAA